GUCAGUCGCCCACGUGCAUCAAUUUCAAGCGGCUGCAAAGUUGUUGACGUAUCUUAGUUUCAUUCUUACAAUUACCUAAUAAACUGCACUCUGUAUAUUACGGUGCAAUUAUGCCAUUGAUUGUGUUAAGCGGUCUGCCCAGCAGCGGUAAAACGACCCGUGCCAAACAGCUCGAGGACUUUUUCCGAUCGAAGGGCAAGAAAGUGAAUAUCGUGAGCGAGGAGCAGUGCAUAAAAAAUGCAAAGUUCGAAAAAAAUGAUUAUUAUUCAGCCUCUAAAAAUGAGAAGCAAGUUCGAGCCGAUAUCAAGUCUAAUGUCAUAAGGCUCAUUCAACCGAAUGAAGUUUUAAUUCUUGAUGGCAGUAAUUACAUCAAAGGUUAUAGAUACGAGCUCUAUUGCUGCAGUAAAGAAUACAAAACUACCCAAUGCACGGUGUACUGUGAUCUUCCUAUUGAACAUGCAUGGCAAUGGAAUGAGCAAAGGCCAAAAGAAGAUCAAUAUUCGAGAGAAAUAUUUGACGCAUUAGUUCAAAGGUAUGAAGCUCCUGAUGGUGACAAGAGAUGGGAUUCUCCACUUUACACAGUAUAUCCUGAAGAUGACCUACCUCUUGAAGAAAUUUAUUCUUCAUUAAUUGAUAAGAAACCACCAAAACAAAAUAUGAGUACUCAGUCGCAAGCUCCAACUGAAAAAAAUUAUAUCCAGGCUUUAGACCAGAUAACUCAAGAUAUUGUCAAAGAAAUCACGUCCGCUCAGCAAUUAGGAGUUGAUAGUAAUAUAAAAAUUUCCAAAUACAAUGUGAUAGUUGAAUCUGCAGGAACAAUCAGACAACUGAAUAAUUUGAGAAAACAAUUUGUCACGUUCAGUAAACAACAGCCACAAAAGAUAGAUAAUAUUCCUGGCUUAUUUGUACAGUAUUUAAAUAAGAGCUUAUAGAAUAAAAUUUUUUUAUCUUAAAUCAAUGUUUCAUUUCAUAUAUUGAAAAUACCUAUUUGGUUGUUUUUCCAUUAUAAAAUUAUAUUAAUCACAAUGUUGUAGUUUAUACUUGAUAUACUUGAUAUUAUGGGCUAACAGAAAAAUUUCAAUUCAUUCGCUUACAAAUUUUUUAAACAUUAAUUAAUAAUUAAUUUUUUGUUUUAAUUAAAUUAAGUUUCAUGUAUACUUUCACUAUCUGUUCUUUGCUCAAAUUUCAGCCCAUUCGUAACAAGUAGGUAGCAAAAAACUAAACAAUUUUAACAAGUUCAGUAUGCUAAUAACAUUAGCAAACUUUCAAUCAUAGAAUCUUACAAAAAUUCAUUCUCAAUUCUUAAAUCUGUGUUAAGAAAAUU